AUGUUACUCUUCAUAAACUUGUUAGUCUUCAUAGUUCUCACUGCCUAUGUUCGAUACUGGCUUACAGAUGGUGCACGAUUGAUUUUUUCGUCAGCCACCUGUCCGGACGAGUUACAGCGAGCGACCGAAAGUAUCGUCGAUGAAGAGCAUUUGUACUGUAUUAGAACCGAUAAUUUACACUGCCUUAUGCCACAUGUUAAGCAUACAUUCAUCCGGAUAAGGGAAAUGGACAAACUGGAAAAACUGAAGGAAUUGCUGCAAAAAGGACUGAAUUUCGCAAGUGGCCAAACAUUGAUUUUUUGCAAGGAUUUAAGCAACGUGAAACUGGUGUCGACGGCGCUUCGCGAGAAUGGUAUUGAGCAUGCUGUUUGUGGUGGUGGCCGCCAAAUUAGGCAUCUAAUCGAAGAAUUGCGCGAUGGCAAGAUUCGAAUAAUUGUAGCAACCGAUGUAGCUAGCAGGGGAUUGGAUUUGGCACACCUCAGACACAUUGUCAAUUACGAUUUCCCGCGACAAAUAUCAGAUUACGUACAUCGCUGUGGCAGAAUAGGACGUGUUGGAAGUAUUCACAAAUCGUUGGUAACAUCAUUUGUGCGACGUGCAUGGGAAGUGAAACAUGUGAACACUAUUGAGGUUGGUCAUCUCUGUGCUUUUCUGAGGCUUUUACUGCUGGGUCUUUGCACAUGCUCCUCAUUUACUUCUGCAGUUUUCCAAAUCGUAGUGAAAAUGGGAUUGGAUUUGGCACACCUCAGACACAUUGUCAAUUACGAUUUCCCGCGACAAAUAUCAGAUUACGUACAUCGCUGUGGCAGAAUAGGACGUGUUGGAAGUAUUCACAAAUCGUUGGUAACAUCAUUUGUGCGACGUGCAUGGGAAGUGAAACAUGUGAACACUAUUGAGCUAGCCGCACGACUUGGGCGUCCUCUUGAAGAUGUCGAAAUGAAUAAUUCAGCAAGGCUACGAGGAAUGCAAAAAAUUUUGGUUCAGUGA